AUGAGUGCUCCAGCCUACGAGCAGGGCACCAGCUCUGGCAAGGCCCCGGUUGCUGAGCCCACCGGUCAGGACUUCUUCAACAACAACAACCUCGGCGCCGAUGAUGAAAGGCCCAGGCCUACUAAUGGUGCCACCUCGAGCGAUGCUGGUGGCAUCAACGGCGGGUUCCAGCCCACCCACAAGAUGACAGUGAAGCCUCCUGCCAAAGAGGACCUCCAACGCAGCUAUGCUACCGUCGUGGAGGAGAAUGCCAACCCCAAGGGCUGGUACGGCACCAUGAUCAACACCGCUGGUGCUAUCAUUGGUACCAUUGGCGCUAUCCCAUGCUGCAUCAUCUGCCCCAACCCUUACAAGAGUGUUAACCAGGGCAACGUUGGCCUCGUCACCAAGUUCGGCAAGUUUUACCAGGCUGUUGAUCCUGGUCUUGUCAAGAUCAACCCCCUCAGUGAGCGCCUAAUUCAGGUCGAUGUCAAGAUCCAGAUUGCCGAGGUUCCCCAGCAGACUUGCAUGACCAAGGACAAUGUUACUCUCCACCUGACAUCUGUUAUUUAUUACCACAUUGUUGCGCCCCACAAGGCCGCCUUUGGUAUCUCAAAUGUUCGCCAGGCUCUCAUCGAACGCACCCAAACCACGCUUCGACACGUCAUUGGCGCGCGCAUUCUUCAAGACGUCAUUGAGCGCCGCGAGGAAAUCGCCCAGUCUAUUGGCGAGAUCAUCGAGGACGUCGCGGCUGGCUGGGGUGUGCAAGUUGAAAGCAUGCUCAUCAAAGACAUUAUUUUCAGCCAGGAACUGCAAGAGUCGCUGUCCAUGGCUGCCCAGAGCAAGCGUAUUGGUGAAAGCAAGAUCAUUGCCGCCAAGGCCGAGGUCGAAGCUGCCAAGCUCAUGCGACAGGCUGCUGACAUUCUAUCGUCUGCACCUGCCAUGCAGAUCCGCUACCUCGAGGCUAUGCAGGCAAUGGCCAAGUCUGCCAACAGCAAGGUAUCUUCUUGCCUGGUGCUAGGCAGGGCAUGCCUUCUUUGAACAACGCGCAACAUCACGGAUGGCAACGGCGAGUCCAGCAACCAAGAUGAUAUCACCGGCAGCGACUUCGGAGGUGGGAACCCCGGUUUUCAACAAGCGCUGAACUCCCGCGUUAUCGAGAACCUUUAAACGUGUUCAUCGAAUGCUGACUCGAGGGUUGCGUCGCGUUGAAAUAGCGUGGUCCCAUUCCUGAUUUCGAUGCCCUCCCCUCGUUGCUGGGCAUCUGUCCUCGGCACUGCGAUCUUGCUUGACGAAUUCUACGAUAACCCUCUACACAAUCUUUGCACUUCCCACAGUCAACCCUUUUUGUCGAAUUUCAUAUACCCACGCUUUUUCAUCGCAAGAACGACUCGCAAGGACGAAUGCACUGUUCUUGCUCAGUUUUCUGCAGACAGGAAGUUUGCAGUAGCUCGGGCCGCACGCAGAGACGAAAGAUGUCCUGCGUCGUUGCCGAGAAAAGGCAGGACGGAUGAUACCCCUCGUUCGCUACCAUUCCGUGAUUCAAGGAUACGGUGGUUUUGUAUCUGCUUGGUGCAGAUAUCUUAAUUAGUUGCUUAGUCUUUGUGCGC